AUGCGCCACAACGCAAAACGCUCCCUCGAGGAGAUCGUCAACAAGUCCGACUCAGAUGACGAAGACUGGAGCGGUGGCGACGAUCGCCCUGCUCGGCCCACCGCGCGCAAGUCCAAAUCGAGCCCGCAAAAGAAGUCACGCCCCUCUAAGAAGCGCCAACGCCGUGCCUCUGAUAUCGUGUCCGAUGAUGACAGUCUCAUCAGUAGUGAUGAGCUUUCCAGCGUGGCUGCGUCUGAGUCCGAGGAGGAAGAUCAGGAUGAUCCUAAUAUCCCUCGCAAUGCGCGAGGAACCGCACGUCGACGAACCACCCAGAGCCGACCGCUCUACGAAGAGCCAUCCGAUGACGAGGAAACGCCUGCGGGUGAUGAGGACGAAGAUUCAAAAUCCGCGAUGGUUCCUCCAAGCCCGCUGAAGAGCACUAUCGUCAAACUUAAAAUCCCUCGUGCGGUUCUCCAAGAUGCACAACUCUACAGCAGAAGGAUCACUCGCCGUACGCGCGGCGCUUCGGAAGAUAUGUACGCUUUGACAAAUUCAGGUCACCACAUGCAGACCGUCGAACGAGGUACUCUUAGUCCAGAGGCACAAAUUGGACAUGGCACCCGCCGGUCCAGCCGAGGAUCGAAGCAACCUGUAAUCCACGAGGAGAGCAUCGAAACGAGCGUUGUUCAAGAGGGCUCUCUGGAGAUCCUAGAGAGCGAUUUUCCUCAGAGUGGUGCCGAAGGCGAUACAACAAUGGCCAACGACGUUGACCAGGGCGAUGUUGAUAUGACUCAUGAUUCGGGCGUAGUCCCGGAAUCAGAGAAUGAAGAUGCCAAGAUUGAAGAAGAUGAGGAUGAAGACGACGAAGGCCCUAUCACCCGCCGACGAAGCCGACCUACUCGCAACGACCAUGAGGAAGAGCCCGAGUCCGAGGAAAAACAGGGGGUUGAGCCGUCUGAUCGACUUCGCCGAUCUGGCCGUAAGAAACCAUCUCGAAGCUCACAGCAAAAAGGCGAAGAGAGUGACUUCGAGCCCGAGGAAGGCGAAGGAGAGGAAGACGAGGAUGAUUCAGACUCCGUCCACUCCAGUGGCUCGCCCCGCAAGGGUAGCCGAGCUCUUGAAGAGGAAGAAAGCGUUGUUGUUGGUCGUCGUCCUGGCCUGCGAAAGCGCCCUGAACGGUCACGCGGUACAUCUUACACUGCUGAUGAGGCCGAAGAACUUGCUGAUGAGCUUGAAGAUUUGAAGGGUUCCAGGAAGACCCGGCGUCAAGCUGUUGCAGAAAAAGUUAUCUACGAUAAGCCAACGCGCACUCGCAAGCAUGUCGAUUAUCGUCUCUUUCGCCCAGAGAUCAUGUUCAAUCCCGAGGAGAAUGAUCAUGAUGGAGCGACUGAGUCUCCAUCUCGCCGUGGGCGCGGCGGCGGUGGCGGCGGCUGGCAGCGCAACCUUCUCCCGACAUUUGGGCCAUUCGGCGGUGCUGGUCAAUCGUCAAUCCUUGGACCUCACGGUGCAGCUGCUACAACUGGAGGCGUUGACAGCGACAGCAGUGAUGAUGAAGGACAGGCCAAAAGUACCGGGCUUGCACCUGGUGGAGGUAUCCUUGCCCCUCAGGGUCAUGCAGGCGAUGCUCAAGGCCUCUCUGGAACACCCGCCAACUUCGGCAAAAUCAAGGACAAGCAGUCCUUGGCCGACGCGGACCCACUUGGAGUUGACAUAAACGUCAACUUUGACAGCGUGGGAGGUUUGCAGGGCCACAUCGAUCAGCUGAAGGAGAUGGUUUCCCUUCCCUUGUUGUAUCCGGAGAUCUUCCAACGCUUCCACAUUACGCCCCCCGAGGUGUCUUGUUCCAUGGACCUCCCGGGCGCAGAUGCAUUGAGCAAAUGGGUUGGCGAGGCUGAGCGUCAACUGCGACUUCUGUUCGAAGAGGCGCGCAAGACACAGCCCAGCAUCAUUUUCUUCGAUGAGAUUGAUGGACUGGCCCCUGUCCGAUCUAGCAAACAGGAACAAAUCCAUGCCUCAAUUGUCUCAACUCUUCUGGCGCUGAUGGAUGGCAUGGACGGUCGUGGCCAAGUCAUUGUUAUCGGCGCUACGAACCGACCGGACUCCGUCGAUCCUGCUCUUCGUCGCCCUGGUCGCUUUGACCGCGAAUUCUAUUUCCCAUUGCCCAACCUCGACGGCCGACGUGCCAUCCUCGACAUUCAUACCAAGGGCUGGGACCCUGCGCUCCCGAAGGAUAUCAAGGACGAGCUGGCCAAGAUCACCAAGGGCUACGGAGGUGCUGACCUCCGAGCACUCUGCACGGAAGCCGCUCUUAAUGCUGUGCAGCGCAAAUACCCCCAGAUCUACAAAUCGGAUAAGAAGCUCAUCAUUGAUCCAAAGACCAUCGAUGUGAUUCCCAAGGACUUUAUGCUUGCAGUCAAGAAGAUGGUUCCUUCCUCCGAACGUUCCACCGCAUCUGGUGCAUCCUCAUUGCCUCAAAAUGUGGAGCCUCUGCUUCGGCAGUCUUUGAUUCAAAUCGAGACUUCGCUCUCGGAGGUCCUCCCUCAGCGAAAGAAGCUCACGGCACUCGAGGAAGCCCAAUUCGAAGAGCCCGACGAUGGGAAUGGAUUCAAGCGAGAGCAAAUGAUCCAGGAAUUCGAUCGGUCGCGUGUCUUCCGACCACGUCUGCUUCUUCGAGGAGGAUAUGGCAUGGGCCAGCAGUACCUUGCAGCCGCUCUGCUCCAUCAUUUCGAAGGGCUGCAUGUUCAAGCAUUCGAUCUUCCUACUUUGCUCAGCGACUCCACCCGGUCACCCGAAGCAACGGUCAUUCAGCUCUUCUCGGAAGUCAAGCGACAUAAGCCCAGUGUGAUUUAUAUCCCCAGUGUCCAGACCUGGGCCGAGACGGUUGGCCCGGCUGUCAUUUCUACAUUCCUCGGUCUCCUGCAGUCAAUACCUGCGUCUGACCCAGUCUUGCUGCUCGGUGUUCUUGAGUCGGCAGACGAUGAGAUGGAUCCCGUUCUUCUGAAGAAGAUGUUCGGAUUCUCCAAAAAGAACCUGUUUGACAUUCAAGCCCCGGAUCACACCGCUCGCCAUGAGUUCUUCGCCAAGCUCGUCGAAUACAUCAAAACCCCUCCAGCUGACUUCCCCGAUCCCGAGAAUCGCAAGAAGCGCCAGCUCGAGGAAUUGGAGGUCGCUCCACCCCCUCCCCCACAAGCUGAGGCGCAGAUGAGCAAGGAGCAACUCAAGGCUCAGAAGAAGAAGGACCGGCACAUUCUCAACUGUCUGAAGAUUCGGAUCCAGCCGAUCAUGGAGCAGCUAAGAAAAUACAAGCGGUUCCGCUCUGGCGUGGUUGAUGAAAACACCAUCCGGUACUUGUGGGAGGAAGAGGACCCCGACAUCGUGACCAGUGAUUUGCCUCCUGAUCAACAAGGGUUUGAGCGUCCAAUUGAGAAGGCUUUCGACAAGCACGGUGUGGUUGGUCUUCGCGAGACUGCCACGGGUCGGUUCUUCUACAAUCUGGAUAUCGUCAUUAUCGAGAAGCGCCUUUCGAAUGGCUACUAUAAGCGUCCCUCCGACUUCUUGGCCGAUGUCAAGCGCAUCGCGAAGGACGCUCGUCAGUUAGGGGACGCUGAGAAAGCCAUGCGAGCGAAUGAGAUGCUGGCGAAUGUCGAAGUUGACAUCGCUAACAUCGAUCUCACCGACCCCGUCCUCGUUGCAGAAUGCGAAAAUGUUUACCAGCGUGAACUUGCUCGUGAAAAGGCAGCAGCUGAGCGUGCUCGCACCGAACAGAGCCAGCCUUCCCGACCUGGUACUGGAAAUGUACCUCAUGGCAAUACCGAGUCUGGCCCUUCGACUGGGCCUGUUCAUCUAGGCGUACCUUCUCCUGACACUCAGGCCGCCGAACGUCCGUUUACCCCUACACGAGAAUCGCGUGUGAGCUUCACAAAUGGUAAUCACAACGGAUACCACAAUGGUGGUGGGUCAGAUCUCAACGAGAAUGGCCCUCAUGCCCAGAGCAACGGCACCCAUGGCGAUGUCGAUGGUGAUGUUUUCAUGUCCAAUUCCGAUGAUCAUUCUGGCAGCAAAGACACUGUGAACAGCUCGUUCGGUCCUUCCGCUCAGCCCAAGCCUGCUUACUCGCACACGGCACCAUCUCAGCAGGUCCGCCGCGAGUCUGGUCUGUCGAGCUUCUCCCAGAAGGAUCCAAUGACGCCAAUGGCUCCUGGAUCUCAGCCCGCGGAUUAUACCAACGAGGCUUCUACCACCCAGUCCACCUCAGAGAAGAAAUCUUCGGAGCAGCUAUCCAACAACCAUUACCAGAGGAGUCCUCAGGUUUCUCGACUUGAAUAUCCCGAUCUCACACAAUACCCCGAUCGGAUUUCUCAGGAGGAGCACCUACCGGACACUCAGCAAGGAGGCAGCAGCCAACCUUCUCCCAAGUACCAGGCAGACGACAAUGUCACCAUUCAUGGCAGCCAGUCCCAAUCCAAGCCUCAGCCUCCUCUCUUCGGUGAGUCUGCCAAGCCGGCCGCCAACUCUUCCGCCAACCUGCAGCAGUUGCUCAAUGAGGAGCCAGCACCCGAGCUGAUCCUCGACCUCGAGCACGUUGAUCACUUGCACGAUCAGCUUACCCAGCAGACCAGUGGGUGCUCGGUUGAGCAGCUGGAGCAAGUUGCCACCUGCCUCAUGGACUAUAUUUGGCGCAAGCGCGGCGAGUGGGACCGUACUGCUGUGGCUAAGGGUCUCACCGAUGAAUUUAACGCCGUUCUGGACGACAUGCAGACCAUGCAGGAGAUCGGUCCCAUCAGCCAUAAUACCAAGCAGCAGAUGGGCAACCCCAGCUACUCACUGUGA